AUGGGAUGGAUCUGUCGGGAGCUGAACUGUGGAAGAUUUAAGACUGAGAGAGCUACCAAAGCACGAGUGGAAUCAGCUCCUAACUGGCUGGAUGAUGUAAAAUGUAGGAAACAUGACUCUACUCUGUUUCACUGUCCAUCUUCAUCCUGGAGUCAGAACAAUUGUGAUAGAAGCAGUGAGGUGACUCACAUUACCUGCUCCGGAGAGAAGAAACAGCUUGCAUUUGAAAACCUUCAAAAAUUCUUCUUAUUUCCAAACCAGGGUCAGUGCUCAAAUUACAUGCCUAUUAGGUUGAGAGGAGGAGAGGAAAUCUGUUCUGGGAGGUUGGAGGUGUAUCAUAAUGCUGAGUGGGGGUCUAUAUGUGCUGAUCUGUGGGACAUCAGGGAUGCUCAGGUGAUCUGCAGGCAGCUGGGUUGUGGGCCGGCGCUGAGUGCUAAUAGAAGAGCUGUUGAUGGUUCUGGUGGAGGAACUAUCUGGAUGAACAGAGUGAAGUGUAGAGGGAAUGAGAUUCACCUGUGGGACUGUCCUCAUUCCCUGAAGAUCCACACUGGCUGCUCCCAGAGUGCUGGAGUCACCUGUGCAGACAUAUUUGUCACAUUACCUUUUUCAUCUGAAACAACUACAACUUACACCACAGUACCAGCACAGCUAACAGAGAAAAAGACAGUCCCUCCUUCAAAAAAUCCAUCAUCUAAUUUUCCAUACAUCUAUCCAGUGUCUCUCCUGGUUCUGGGAUCUGUGCUCUUCCUGGCCUUAGUGCUUCUGGUUGUGCUGUUUUAUCAGAACAGAGUGCUCAGGAGAGUGAUUUCUAAGGCGAGGAGGAAGACUCUGCUUGAGGCAGUCUAUGAAGAGAUUAACCAUAAAUGUGUCACUAACAGAUAUACUAAAAGAGGAAGUUUUAUCUCUGAAGAUCAGCAUUCAGGAUAUGAGGACGUAGAUGAGGAGCUUCUCUCAGAAAACUAUGGCGAGGUCUAUGAUGAUAUCAUACCUGCUGAAGAGAGCCCACACAUUACAAAAGACAGUGUGAGGUUGGUGGAUGGUGGGAGCCGCUGUGCUGGGAGAGUGGAAGUUCUUCAUAGAGGACAUUGGGGAACAGUUUGUGAUGAUUACUGGGAUAUGAGAGAUGCUGCAGUGGUGUGUAGAGAGCUGGGCUGUGGGGAAGCCAUAGAUGCACCACGGAGAGCUCGCUUUGGAUCAGGAUCAGGACCGAUCUGGGUGGAAUAUGCUAACUGUGCUGGAUCAGAGUCUUCACUGAAGAACUGUAGGUCGUAUGAUUGGGGUAGACAGAGAUGUAAUCAUGAUGAAGACGCUGGUGCUGUUUGUGCAGACAGUGUGAGGUUGGUGGAUGGUGGCCAUCGCUGUGCUGGGAGAGUGGAGUUUUUUUAUAACAGAACAUGGAGAUCAGUGUGUGGUAAAAACUGGGAUAUAAGAGAUGCUGCAGUGGUGUGUAGAGAGCUGGGCUGUGGGGAGGCUGUAUUUAAAAAUGUUCAGUUUGGACCAAGAUCAGCCUGGAUGGAUGAUGUGAACUGUAGUGGAUCAGAGUCUUCAGUGAAGCACUGUAGAUCAGCUGGAUGGGUGGAACAAAUUUGUAAUCGACUUGCUGGAGUCAUCUGUUCAGGGGUCAGAUUGGUGGGCAGAUCUCGCUGCUCUGGGAGAGUGGAGGUUCUUCAUGGAGAGAGCUGGGUCACAGUGUGUGAUGCUGACUUUGACCAGCAGGGUGCAGAGGUUGUGUGUCGAGAGCUGGGCUGUGGUUCUCCUGUGGAGGUUCUGGGAGCAGCUGCUUUUGGUAGAGCAGAGGGUCAGAUGUGGUCAGAGGAGCUUCAGUGUAGAGGAAACGAAUCUCAUAUGUACCUCUGCCAGACAUCUCCUUCCUUGAAACCCAACUGCUCUCACAACAAGGAUGUGGGACUAAGAUGCUCUGGUCACACUCAGGCUCGGCUGAUGAACGGCUCAGAUUCCUGUUCUGGUCGAGUGGAGCUCCAGUACCUCAGUGAGUGGGGUACAGUGUGUGAUGUAAGCUGGGAUAUGAGAGCUGCCAGUGUCCUCUGUGCUCAGCUGAAGUGUGGGAGUGCUGUGGCUGUGUUGGGGUCAGACUGGUUUGGGGAGGGGAGUGGCCGGAUCUGGGCUGAUGUGUUUGAUUGUCAGGGAAACGAAACACACCUGUUAAAAUGUCCCAUUUCAUCAUGGAGUCGAACUGCAUGCUCUCAUGAACAGUAUGCUGGAGUUAUCUGUAGUGGUUCUUCUCUGGCGUCUCAUGAGGGAGGAGUGCGGUUGUCUGGAGGGAUGGAGUGUGAGGGGGAAGUGGAGGUGUUCUUCAGGCAGGACUGGAGGAGAGUUCUGCUGGACUCCUGGAGUGAGUCUGAGGCCUCUGUGGUCUGCAGACAGCUGGGCUAUGGUUCUGUACUCAACAUCUCCAGCUCCUCUUCAUCCAGUCCUGAACACAGCUACAUGUGUGUGACGGGUUUCAACUGCUCUGGGAGUGAAGCUCAUCUGAGGAACUGCAGCAGCUCACAAGCAGUUAACUGCAGCUCCACAGUACAGCUCUACAUCACCUGCUCUGGUACAUCUAACACAGUCCACAGCUCCAUCAGGCUGGUUGGUUCUGGGGGAGACUGUGCAGGAAGGCUGGAGGUUUUCCACAGUGGAUCAUGGGGGACAGUGAGUGAUGAAUUGUGGGAUAUUGAGGAUGCGCAGGUGGUCUGCAGACAGCUGCAGUGUGGAGUGGCCCUCAGUGCUCCAGUACCGGUACCAGCCCGGUUUGGAUCUGGAACUGGACCCAUUUGGCUUAAUGAGGUGGAGUGUGAGGGGAACGAGGCGUCUCUGUGGAACUGCAGAUAUCAGCUGUGUGGAGAGGAUGAAUGUGGACACAAGGAUGAUGUAGGAGUCGUGUGCUCAGAGUAUAAAGAGAUCAGACUGACUGAGGGCUGUGAGGGGAAUCUGGAGGUGUACUAUAAUGGAACCUGGGGGAAUGUGUGUGUAAAUGGGAUGACUGAUGAAACGGCAAAAUUGAUCUGUCGAGAGCUGAACUGUGGAAGAACUGGCAGUGAGUCUUGGUCUAAAGCAAGAGUGGAAUCAGCUCCUAACUGGCUGGAUAAUGUAAAAUGUAGGAAACAUGACUCCACUCUGUGGCACUGUCCAUCUUCUUCCUGGGGGGAGAACAGGUGUGAUAAUCGCAAUGAGGUUGCUUGCAUUACCUGCUCAGAGAAUGGAAAUACACUAGAUUUGACAAAUUGGCUGUGUGAUUCAUCUCCUCAUGAGAGACCGUGCUCAAAGCACAUUCCUCUGAGGCUGAGGGGAGGAGUAGGAAGCUGUUCUGGAUGGCUGCAGGUGUAUCAUAAUAAAACAUGGGGGUCUGUAUGUGGUGAUCUCUGGGACAUCAGGGAUGCUCAGGUGAUCUGCAGGCAGCUGGGUUGUGGGCCGGCGCUGAGUGCUAAUAGAAGAGCUGCUGAUGGUUCUGGUGGAGGAACUAUCUGGAUGAACAGAGUGAAGUGUAGAGGGAAUGAGAUUCACCUGUGGGACUGUCCUCAUUCCCUGAAGAACCACACUGACUGCUCCCACAGUGCUGGAGUCACUUGUGGAGGCUUCCUGUAUCAUACUUUGCCUUUAAAUAAUAAAAGAGGACAGAUGGGACAUUUUGUCUUGCAAGAUUCUCAACCACAGACAAGAAGAAUCAUACUUCCACAAACUCCUCCACCAGCUGUUCCCUCCAUCUAUCCAGUGUCUCUCCUGGUUCUGGGAUCUGUGCUCUUCCUGGCCGUAGUGCUUCUGGUUGUGCUGUUUUAUCAGAACAGAGUGCUCAGGAGAGUGAUCUCUAAGAGGAGGAAGACUUCAGCUGAGCCUGUCUAUGAGGAGAUUGACACCAGGCUCAUCCCUAAAAGAAUUACUGUCUCAACUGAAAGUAAUGGCGUGUGCGGAGGAUCGUGCUCUCCUGACACUCAGCGAGGAGCUCGUACGUCUGGAUCAGCAGAUCCACCGCCUGCUCGAGAGGCAGUCGGAGCUCCACAGGCAGAGGACGAGGCUGGAGGAAUCCCGCGACGCCGCCUUCGCGGCCGUCUCCAACCCGGUGAUGCCGGCGCGGCGGACCCCGGCGGUCGUUUGCUUCACCCCCGCUCCGGGAGGGGCCUGGGAGCGGCAGCGCGGCCGAGGAAAGCGGGUUUCCCCCCUACCUUCUCAGCCGGAUUUUGCCUCCGCAAACCGGUUUGAGGUCCUCAGCUCGUCGCCGUCGCCUCCUUCACCUCCCACAGCCCCGAGGAAAACAGAUAAGGGCAGUACCCUCAUUGUCGGAGAUUCCA